CCAAACUCCUUCCCCUGCAGCAGUGCAGAUCGUCUGGCAAAACGAAGAACGUUCCCGUUGAGAUUGUUGCCUUUCGCUUUCUAGCAAGUUACUGUAGCUACUGGACAUUGCUGCAACAUACAUCCAUGGAAUCGGGUUCGCCCAAGAUCGACAAGGCCGUAUUCGAGAUUCCGCAAACGCCGGAGAUGCGCAACGACAGCUUCGAUGCCAGCGUGCCGUCCAGCGAUGUCGAUGGAACCGGUCGCAAGACGCGUGGCAGUAUCGCCAGCGACAGCUCGGAUGAACCUUUGGACUCUCUGGUCGGCAGCCCAACACUUCCCUUUCUUGCGUACGGCCGCCGGCGGAGUUCCUUUAUCAGCCCUUUCCAAAUCAACAAAGCUCGUUACCUGUUGAGCUUCGCGGAUGCCGAGACUGCGCAAGAGUGGUGGACAUUGAUGCAAUCAGAAUAUCCCGAUACUUUGCGCGAGAGUCCAACCCUGUUUUCGUUCAAGAGCAAUCGCACUCCUGCAAAAGCUUGGGAGAAUCCGAAGCUCGCGCAUCUGAAAGAGAAAUGGUCGUACCGUCAGACUGAUGGCAAAGACGACAAGGCCGCGCAUCAGCAGCAAGUUUCGUCGCAAAGACGAAUUGCAUCUGCCCGCACGCCUCUGAUGCCUACAUUGAGCGAAGGUCAUGUUUUCGGAGGCUUCGAGAGAUUGGAAGACCCCUUCACACCAGGAGGCACAAGCAACAUGGAAUUCACCCAAUUGAACAUGGCCUCGGACCACAUUCAGAAGUCUGUGAGCCAAUCGACUUUGCAACUAGAUGCAUUGCUAGAGGGCCAACAAGCCAGCGCCAAAGGCUUUCAGAAGUUAUCAGCGGCGAUGGAGCGCAUGUCCCAACAAAUGGAAAGUUUGGCUCGCAGACAGCAAGACCACGAGAUAGUCUUACGCGAGUUGACAGCAGCCGCGACAGCGAAUAAUGCCGCGAGUGAUGUCCAAUAUAGACACCAACAAGCCGCAGCUCUCCAGUCCCUCCAAUCUGUCAUUGAGGAAACUUGUUCUCGCGUACAAGAGCUAUACCUCAAACCACCACCCACCCCAGGACCAAACCAUGAAAUCCUUCACGAGCUGCAAGAAGAAAUGUCACAGACUUCCACCUUGCUGAGAGACCUCUACAACCGCCCUCUACCAGACACCGAUCCAGCCCAAGCAGAAACCCUCCAGAAACUACAGAAACAGCUCUUGCAAAACACAAAAGCCAUUCGCGCAUUGACAGACCGGCCCGAACCUGCUUCCAACACAGAAACACUGCAAAAACUGCACAAAGAGGCUUCACAAACCACAGCAAUCCUACGUGGAAUUACAGAUCGAUUGGCAGCGACAUCUACACCUCCGCCAGCACCAGCAGCACCAUCAACAGCUCUGCUGGAAGCACUGCAGAAAGAAACAAUCAACAACACAAUCCUCCUCCAAUCCCUAUCUUCCGAUCAAAAAGCCACAAAAAAACAAGUCCUAAAGCUCCAAACCUCCCUCGACACAACCACAUCCUCCCAAAAAGCCCUCUCCACCCCAAUCCAAAACCUCCACACCUUGUCAGAAAAGACUAAUACUUCGAUCGCCCAAUUGUCAUCUAUCCAAGAAACCAGAUUCUCCCAGCUAGAAGCAAAGACCGAAAGACAAAUGACAGCGAUGAAGAAGUCCUUCACGGCGGAAUUGCAAAAACAACAAGAUGUCUUCAAAGCACAGAUGGAGAGGCAGCAAGAUAUGUUUAAAGGGCAAUUGGAUGAGAUUUUGGGGGCUGUGAGGGGGAGGAAUGUGGUCAGGAGUGCAGAGUGCGGGCAUGGGGAGGUUUUGCCGCCGCCAAAGAAGAUUGGGAGGAGGAUUGUGGGUUAUGUUUAUGAAAAGGAGUGAUUGCUUGAGGUUGUGGACAAGGUGGUGGAGAUGGAGAUGGG